ACAUUACUUCCAAAACAGGCGGGCUGAGUUAGAGUUGAGAGACUCUCUGUACUCCACACAGUUAAGAAGGGUGGCAGGGGUUUUUACACUCAAGGCGUCUUUCCCUCAGCCAGCUUCAGGACCAUGGCACAAGUGGCUCACAUUGACACCACCAAGAUGGGAGAGGGUCGGGCGAUUGCUGUGCUGACCUCGGGAGGCGAUGCCCAGGGUAUGAAUGCAGCUGUAAGGGCCACAGUUCGGGUUGGACUAUACACCGGAGCCAAGGUGUAUUUUGUCCAUGAGGGUUACCAGGGUCUGGUGGAUGGAGGUGAUAAUAUCUGCCUUGCUACUUGGGAGAGUGUGUCUAUGAUGCUGCAGCUGGGUGGGACUGUGAUUGGUAGUGCCCGCUGUAAGGAUUUCCGUACCAAAGAGGGACGCACCAAGGCUGCAUGUAACUUAGUCAAGCUGGGCAUCACCAACCUGUGUGUGAUUGGAGGUGAUGGCAGUCUCACUGGUGCCAACCAGUUCCGAACAGAGUGGAGCGAGCUUCUGGUAGACCUGGUCAAAGCUGGGAAGAUCACACCCAAUGAGGCCAAGAACUCCUCUCACCUCAAUAUCGUUGGCAUGGUGGGCUCCAUUGACAAUGACUUCUGUGGCACUGACAUGACCAUUGGCACAGACUCUGCCCUUCAUCGCAUCAUAGAGAUAGUGGAUGCCAUCACCACCACAGCACAGAGUCACCAGAGGACUUUCAUCCUGGAGGUAAUGGGCAGGCACUGUGGUUACCUGGCUUUAGUGACAGCUCUGGCCUGUGGUGCUGACUGGGUGUUCAUCCCAGAGAUGCCCCCAGAUGAUGGAUGGGAGGAGCAUCUGUGCAGAAGACUGGCAGAACAAAGAAGCCGUGGCUCCCGUUUGAAUAUUAUCAUUGUUGCAGAGGGAGCGAUGGACCACAGUGCUAAACCCAUCACCUGUGACCAUAUCAAAGAGCUGAUAUCAAGCAAGCUAGGCUUCGACACUCGUACCACCAUCUUGGGCCAUGUACAGAGAGGUGGAACCCCCUCUGCCUUUGACAGGAUCCUGGCGAGCAGGAUGGGUGUAGAGGCUGUUAUGGCUCUGCUGGAGGCCACACCAGACACUCCUGCAUGUGUGGUCAGCUUGUCUGGUAACAUGGCAGUCAGGCUGCCUCUCAUGGAGUGUGUGCAAGUGACUAAAGAUGUCACCAUAGCCAUGGCUGAAGGGAGGUUUGACGAUGCCAUUAAGCUCAGGGGAAAGAGCUUUGAGCACAAUUGGAGCACUUACAAAAUGCUGGCUCAUGUGCGCCCCCCAGAUACAAAGAGUAAUAUCAACAUUGCCAUAUUGAAUGUGGGAGCUCCAUGUGCUGGGAUGAAUGCUGCAGUCCGUUCAUCUGUCAGGAUCGGGCUUCUCCAGGGCCACCAGAUGUUGGGAGUGCAUGAUGGCUUUGAUGGGUUGGCUUAUGGAAAGAUUGAGAACAUUGGUUGGUCUGGAGUGGCAGGAUGGACUGGAAAAGGGGGCUCUCUUCUGGGAACAAAGAGAACCUUGCCACAUGAGGUCAUGGAGGAGAUCAGUCAGACCAUCUCUAAGUUCAACAUUCAUGCUUUAGUCAUCAUUGGAGGCUUUGAGGCAUUGGUCGGAGGUCUUGACAUUGUGAAGGCUAGAGAGAAGUAUGAGGAACUGUGCAUUCCCCUUGUCAUUAUUCCUGCUACUGUCUCCAACAAUGUUCCUGGAUCUGACUUCAGUAUUGGCGCUGACACUGCCCUCAACACCAUAACCAUGACAUGCGACAGGAUCAAACAAUCUGCUGCUGGCACCAAGAGGAGAGUGUUUAUUGUUGAGACUAUGGGAGGAUACUGCGGCUACCUGGCGACCAUGGCCGGCUUGGCAUCUGGAGCUGACGCUGCCUACGUCUAUGAGGACCCUUUCAACAUUCAUGACCUAGAGGUGAAUGUGGAACAUCUGGUGGAGAAGAUGAAGACCACAGUGAAGAGAGGACUGAUUCUGAGAAAUGAGAAAAGCAAUGCAAACUAUACAACAGAUUUUGUCUUCAACCUGUACUCAGAGGAGGGGAAGGGUGUGUUUGACUGCAGGAAGAAUGUACUUGGACAUAUGCAACAGGGUGGAACCCCCAGUCCUUUUGACAGGAAUUUUGCCACAAAGAUGGGGGUCAAGUCUGUCCUUUGGUUGACUGAAAAGCUGAAGGAAUGCCACAGACAUGGUCGCAUCUUUGCCAACUCUCCAGACACUGCCUGUUUGCUGGGCAUGAAGAAGAGAUCUUUGGUCUUCCAGUCUCUGGAAGAACUUAAAGAACUCACUGACUUUGAACAUCGUAUUCCAAAGAUUCAGUGGUGGCUAAGGCUGAGACCCAUCCUGAAAAUCCUCGCCAAGUACAAGAUACCCCUGGACACCUCUGAAAAGGCUGCGAUGGAACAUGUUAUCAAGAAGACGGGCUUAGUUCAUCACUAGCCUUUCUAUGUGAUUAUUCUUUUUAUCAGGACCUGACAUGACCUGACUGUCUUCUUUUUGAAGCACUUUGUAAACUCUGUCUCUGAAAAGUGCAGUAUAAAUAAAGACAAUAAUCAUAUCACCAACACAGACAUUAAGUCUCACAAUAAACACUAAAAAGUUUCACAGGUAUUUGUAUUUGCUAUGUAAGAGCUGUCUCCCAGCGUUGUGGUUUUGGUCUGUCAUGUGCACUCUGACUUUAAUUUCUGUCACUCUAUUAUCAUCUAAAAUUACCUAACGAAAUUGAAUACUCCUAUGUAUUCAUUUCUAAUCCAAGCGUUUUACCACUUCCAAGGCAAAACAAGGCCCAAGAAAACUUUCUUUGUUUUUUUGCUUGUUUCUUUGUCACCAGGAUUAUGCAAAAAGUACUUAACUGAUUUGCAUCGAACUUCAUGGAGGGAUAGGGCAUGGCCAAGGAAAGCACCCAAUAAAUUUUCGGGUAGAUCUGGA